CUGCAACUUUUCCAAAUGAUCAACUAGAAGUCAAGUUAUUAUUUGUCAGAUAGUGUAGAUAGAAAACAUUUAAUGCAAGUAAAACUGACUUGUGGGAAAUAGAAUGUCAAAAUGGUCGAAAAAAAUGUUCCAUCAUUUAACAUAACAGAUGGAUAGUGUAAUAGAUGGAUAAUUUAAUCAAAAAUGAUUCUGAUCUGUAUUUAGUAUAUUACAGUUUAUUUAUCCAUAUAUUGUCUUUUCGGCUUAGUCCCUUUAUUAAUCCGGGUUCGCCACAGUGGAAUGAGCAUCCAACUUAUUCAGCACAUGUUUUACGCAGCGGAUGCCCUUCCAGCCCAAUUCACCUGUACCACAUGUCUUUUACACCACGAGGAAACCCACACGAACAUUGGGGAAAAUGCAAACUCCACACAGAAAUGCCAACUGACCCAGCCGAGGCUCAAACCAGUGACCUUCUUGCUGUGAGGAUACGUGGCAGUGACGUCAGUAUGUUUGUCAAGACCCGGAUAUUAUUUACAGCCUGCACACAGUUCAGCCAUCAGAGAGGCAGAGUGGUGAUGAGUGGGUGCACCAAUGAACACACGUCGGCGUCACGGUCCUAAAAGCAGCCAGGACGGGGUGUACACUGGGCCCUCUCAGACCCAGUCCCAGCUGGUCCAGCAGCUGGAAACCCCCCUGGCUGUCCCAGCGCCCAUUGCUCCCGUCCCAGACACAUUCAGCAUGUCCUGCAGAGACCGAACUGGCGAGUUUCAGUCUGUGUGCAAGUCCCUGCAAGGAAGACAGAAUGGAGCACAGCCUGUCAGAGCUGUCAACAAUGCAAUCCAAAAGAGGAGUGAUUUCACACUCUUGGCUAAGCGAAUUGGAAGAGACCUCAGCAACACUUUUGCCAAGCUGGAGAAGCUCACAAUUCUUGCCAAAAGAAAGUCCCUGUUCGAUGACAAAGCCACUGAGAUUGAUGAACUCACUUAUAUCGUGAAACAGGACAUCAACAGUCUGAUUAAGCAGAUUGCUGGCCUGCAGGAGCUGGUUCGGUCUCGAAGUGCACAGAACGGCAGACAUCUUCAGACACAUUCCAACACCAUCGUGGUCUCAUUACAGUCCAAACUGGCAUCGAUGUCCAGUGACUUCAAGUCUGUCCUGGAAGUCAGAACAGAGAACCUGAAGCAGCAGAGAAGCAGACAAGAGCAGUUUUCUCAGACUCCUGCCUCCGCAUCUGCUUUCCACACUAACAGCUUCAAUAAUUCAGUGCUUAUGCAGGACGACUCCAAGAAGACGGAUAUAUCUAUAGAUAUGGACCUGAAUUCCAGUCAGCAGAUGCAAUUAGUCAAUGAACGGGAUUCGUACAUUCAGAACCGUGCAGACACUAUGCAGAAUAUAGAGUCCACCAUUGUUGAGCUCGGAUCCAUAUUUCAGCAGCUGGCUCAUAUGGUGAAAGAACAGGAAGAGACUGUACACAGAAUUGAUGCGAAUGUGGAGGACACUCAGCUGAACGUGGACCUGGCGCAUACAGAGAUACUCAAAUAUUUCCAGUCUGUGUCCAACAACCGCUGGCUGCUCAUCAAGAUGUUCCUAGUCCUCGUCAUCUUUUUCAUUGUCUUUGUGCUCUUCAUGACCUGACGUCCAGCUCUAAGAGGUGCCGAUUUUGAGGAGUAUAUGAUUCACAGUAUUUGAAGAGUAAAAGAGGCUGUGCUCUUACUUCUGUCUGCUCUUUAUCUGCUCACCGGUCACUGUCUUUUACUGAUUCUUGUCUUCAAAAUUGGUAAAAACAAAGACAAAGCAGCUGGCGGUUUCUCAUAGAUUUCAAAUAAUUUAACUAUAAUUGUCUUACGUUUUAUUGUCUGUCGAAGAAAUCAACAUUGUUUUUCUGAAUCGCACAACUAACAACUCCAACUGUUUUGACAGAUUCUGGUUCAUUCAGUCAAAGUGCAAACUAUAAUGUUGUGGUUUAUACUAAAUAUGCUACACAUCUUUUCUGAGACAUUAUCAUGCAUUGCAUUAUUUCUCUCUUUUGACUAAAUAUUCCUUUUGAGGCCACUUGUUUUGCAGGAGUUUGAAAUAUACAUACUUUGUGUAUUCUGACUGCUGAAAGACAACAUUACACCCCUACUUGUUGACCGUUUUAAUGUGGAUUCCACCUAUUUUUCUUUGCUAAACAUUUAGAUACUGCUUGUCCAGUGGGUAAGAGGUCAGUAUUUGAAGUAUUCAGACCUUUUCAAGUUUUGGUGAGAACAGAGAACUACUUUAACGUAAAAGCUGGACAUAAUUCAUGAAUUUUGGGAGAAAUAUGAAUAAAAAAAGAUUCAGUUUAUUUUUUAUUUCAGUGGUUCUUUAAGUCAACUUUCACAAGCUGGUUUGUACAGAAAUAUUUCUGUGUAUGUUCACAGAUAGUCUGUUAGAAAGCUGCUUUCCAAAUCUUAGUGUAAAGUUGUGUUUAACUACCCAAUGAGGUUGGGGGAAUUCACAGGCCAUUAUUUGUGAAAUACAUACGGUAUUGAAAAAUGAAAUAGAAUAUCUAUGUUGUAAUGUGUGUGAGAUCUGUUUUUCUUUUUUAUUGUAGCAUAUUUUAUAGGUGCAGAACUCAAAAUAUUAUAAGAUUACUAAUAAAGUUAUCUAUUUUUAGGAUAAAA